GGCAAGUUGUUUCUAAUUAUUGCAGUGAAAUAUAAAAAAAGAAUUUAUUGAAUAAAUAUUCAUUUUAAAUUGUGUGUAUUUCCCGGAAUAGUUCAUUGUCUAUGUAGCGUUGCGUGUAAAAAGUGUCUCAUACUACCAAAGAUGCAUAUUAAUUACUGAAUUAACUUAUUUUUAUACAUUAAUCGAACGUUCUCACAUUAAAAAUUGCGGUUUUUAUCUCAGUAUUUUUUUCGUCUUCAACCGGGAGUGACAUAAUUUGUCCCAUCUUACGAAAAAAAUGAAAUUCACGCUUUUACUCAUUUUCGCUGUUCAAGUAAUUGUCGGGCAACGACGCGAAGGAGAGCGAUGUCGACGACAAGACAGAACUUACGGGACUUGUAAACUCUUGCGAGAAUGUCCCAAAGCCGAGAUUGAUUUCCGUCAAUAUCAAACUCCGCCGGAAUUUUGCGAUUUUUCGAUCAGUUUUCAAUCGCAGGUCAUUUGUUGUCCCGAUAACGCCGACAACGAGAUCCACGAACGCACAGAAUCGCAUCGGAAUGAUCGAAGUAACACGCAACCAUCGUUAGACUCGUUACUGUUCGAAACUGGCUUGAAUUCGUGGAGCAACAAUAGAGAUUAUUCACGGGCGAGGACAACGCAACGAACAACAACAAGUCGCGCCGUAAAUCAAAACAAUAAUAAUUUUAAUUAUUAUAAUCAAGACAACGAGAGAGACGUGUAUGGCGAUUAUACGACAGCGGGCACGACGACGCGACGAACAACAAGAAUAACAACAACAACGAGAGCAACCACAAGACGACCAACGCAAGCGAUAAAUAAUCCGUCGACGAUAGGAGUUGACAGAAAUGCACGUACAAAGCCAACAGCUGAUGAUUUAUUUGAGGAAGCGUAUCGGGGACAGCCAACAAUUCGACCUGAUCGACCGAAACGGAGAGAUGGACCGCGAAUUAGCAUGCAAAAAUGCGAAGAAUACAAACGUCUCUCGAAAAAAGUCAUCCUUUUUUCGCCUCUUUUGGUCAAUCCAACACCUGUCAAAAAGGAAGUUCCCUUAUGCGAUGCGACAGUUCCUCUCAUCGUUGGCGGAGAUAUUGCCAAACCGGGAGAAUUUCCUUCAAUGGCAGCUCUCGGAUACUCCGAAGACUUCAGUUCCGACAUCAAAUGGCGUUGCGGCGGAACUCUCAUAUCCGAAAAUUACAUUUUAACAGCGGGACAUUGUGUGAAAGGCAAUUCAGGUCGACCAACAGUCGUUCGUUUGGGUGAAAAUAACUUGGCGACACGAAAUGACGGCGCAAAUCCAAUUGAUUUCGGCAUUUCUGAGAUCAUCACGCAUCCAAGUUACUCCAUUGGAGGUCAUUAUUACGACAUAGCACUCAUAAAAUUGAGCGAUCGUGUGGAGUUUACAUCAAAUAUUCGCCCGUCGUGUCUUUGGCAAACGCAAAACAUCAAUUCGACCAAAGGAAUUGCUACUGGAUGGGGAAGCACGGGAUACACGGAAGACUCAUCCGACAACUUGCUGAAGGUCGACUUGAACAUUUUCGAGAACAAAGAGUGCAAAAUUCAUUACAACGCGGAUCGUCGAUUGUCUGAAGGAAUCGUUUCGGAGCAAUUAUGCGCCGGAGUGCCCGGACAAGGGAAAGAUACGUGUUUGGGAGACUCAGGAGGUCCGUUGCAAGUUAUUCUUCCGGAAAAUCCGUGCGUGCAUUAUGUCGUUGGUGUGACGAGUUUCGGCAAAUAUUGCGGCGGAAGAACCCCGGGCGUGUAUUCGAGAGUGUCGAGCUACAUCGAUUGGAUCGAAAACAUCGUCUGGAAUUAGAUUUUUAGUACAUUUAUUUACUUUAAGUGACAUUGACGAGAGAAUAAAGGAAAAUCUACGUCAUAAAAUGCAAAACGAAGAUAAGUACCUUCUGCAAAAGGGAAUUCCAUUGUUAUCCUAAU